GUGCGCGGCGCGCUGAUUGGCUGGAUCCGCCAUGCGGAGCGGCUGGGCGGUGCAUGGGGCACGCGGACGGAGGUGACCGGCGAGUUUCUCAGUUCUGGUGGAGAUAGGCGCAUGUGGGCGCUUUGCUACGUGUUGCGGUCCGGGGCCAGGCGCACCAUGUCGCAGGAGCGCACCUUGUCGCAGGGAUCUGCGCGCCGCCAGCGGCCGCCCAAGGACCCACUGCGGCACCUGCGCACGCGAGAGAAGCGCGGCCCGCCGGGGUGCUUUGAGAGCCCGAACACCGUGUACCUGCAGGUGGUGGCCUCGGGUCGCCGGGACGCGGGCGCCGCGCUCUACGUCUUUUCCGAGUACAACCGGUAUCUCUUCAACUGUGGAGAAGGCGUUCAGAGACUCAUGCAGGAGCACAAGUUGAAGGUUGCUCGCCUGGACAACAUAUUCCUGACACGAAUGCACUGGUCUAAUGUUGGGGGCUUAUGUGGAAUGAUUCUUACUUUAAAGGAAACCGGGCUCCCAAAGUGUGUACUUUCUGGACCUCCACAACUGGAAAAAUACCUGGAAGCAAUCAAAAUAUUUUCUGGUCCAUUGAAAGGAAUAGAACUGGCUGUUCGGCCCCACUCUGCCCCAGAAUACAAGGAUGAGACUAUGACAGUUUACCAGGUCCCCAUAUACGGUGAACCGAGGAGUGGGGAGCACCAACCAUGGCAGAGUCCAGAAAGGCCUCUGGGCAGGCUCAGUCCAGAGCGAUCUUCAGACUCCGGGUCCAGUGAAAAUGAGCAGCUCCUUCCACAUGGUGUUAGCCGGAGAAGAGGGGGCAGGGAUCCUUCCCUGGUUGUAGCUUUCAUCUGUAAGCUUCACUUAAAGAGAGGAAACUUCUUGGUGUUAAAAGCAAAGGAGCUGGGUCUCCCAGUUGGGACAGCUGCCAUCGCUCCCAUCAUUGCUGAUGUCAAGGCCGGGAAAAGCAUCACUCAUGAAGGAAGAGAGAUUUUGCCUGAAGAGCUGUGUACUCCUCCAGAUCCUGGUGCUGCUUUUGUGGUGGUAGAAUGUCCAGAUGAAGGCUUCAUUCAACCCAUCUGUGAGAAUGCCACCUUUCAGAGGUACCAAGGAAACGCAGAUGCCCCCGUGGCCUUGGUGGUUCACCUGGCCCCAGAGUCUGUGCUUGUGGACAGCAGGUACCAGCAGUGGAUGGAGAGGUUUGGGCCUGACACCCAGCACUUGGUCCUGAAUGAAAACUGUUCAUCAGUUCACUGCCUUCGCAGCCACAAGAUCCAAACCCAGCUCAACCUCAUCCACCCGGACAUCUUCCCCCUGCUCACCAGUUUCCCCUGUAAGGAGGAGAGCCUCGUCCUCAGUGUGCCCGUGGUUCGGGGUGAAUGCCUCCUCAAGUACCAGCUCCGUCCCAGGAGGGAGUGGCAGAGAGAUGCCAUUAUUACUUGCAAUCCUGAGGAAUUCAUAGCUGAGGCACUGCAGCUUCCCAACUUCAAGGAAACUGUGCAAGAGUACCGGAGGAGUGCACAGGACGGCCCAGCCCCAGCAGAGAAAAGUCCAUACCCAGAAAUCGUCUUCCUUGGAACAGGGUCUGCCAUCCCGAUGAAGAUUCGAAAUGUCAGUGCCACGCUUGUCAACAUAAGCCCCGACACAUCUCUGCUGCUGGACUGUGGUGAGGGCACGUUUGGGCAGCUGUGCCGUCAUUACGGAGACCAGGUGGACAGGGUCCUGGGCACACUGGCUGCUGUGUUCGUGUCCCACCUGCAUGCUGAUCACCACACGGGCUUGCUAAAUAUCUUGCUGCAGAGAGAACGAGCCUUGGCAUCUUUGGGAAAGCCAUUUCACCCUUUGCUGGUGGUUGCCCCCACCCAGCUCAAACCCUGGCUGCAGCAGUACCACAACCAGUGCCAGGAGAUCCUGCAUCAUAUCAGUAUGAUUCCUGCCAAAUGCCUUCAGGAAGGGGCUGAGAUUUCCAGUCCCGCAGUGGAAAGACUGAUCCGUUCGCUGUUGGGAACGUGUGAUUUGGAAGAGUUUCAGACCUGUCUGGUGCGGCACUGCAAGCAUGCGUUUGGCUGUUCGCUGGUGCACACCUCUGGCUGGAAAGUGGUCUAUUCCGGGGACACCAUGCCCUGCGAGGCUCUGGUCCGGAUGGGGAAAGAUGCCACCCUCCUCAUACAUGAAGCCACCCUGGAAGAUGGUUUAGAAGAGGAAGCAGUGGAGAAGACACACAGCACAACCUCCCAAGCCAUCAGCGUGGGAAUGCAGAUGAACGCAGCAUUCAUCAUGCUGAACCACUUCAGCCAGCGCUACGCCAAGGUCCCCCUCUUCAGCCCCGACUUCAACGAGAAAGUCGGAAUUGCCUUUGACCACAUGAAGGUCUGCUUUGGAGACUUUCCAACAGUGCCCAAGCUGGUACCCCCACUGAAAGCCCUGUUUGCCGGCGACAUUGAGGAGAUGGAGGAGCGCAGGGAGAAGCGGGAGCUGCGGCUGGUGCGGGCAGCCCUCCUGUCCAGGAAGCUGGCAGGUGGCCCGGAGGAUGGGGAGCCACAGCAGAAACAGGCCCACACAGACGAGCCACAGAGCAAGAAGGUCAGAGCCCAGUGAAGAGCCGGAAGUGACCCUGGCCUCUGAAGGCUGUGUGUCUGCUGUCUCUCACACACCCUUGUAUCUGCCCUCCUUGCUAGUAGAAGCUGGACAGUCCACCCAGGAGGCAGCUCAGGAUGGGUGGUAUGGAGUUGUGCCAAGGCCUGGGCUCCCAGAUAAGCACCGGUCCAUAGACACCGCUUAUAACUGGUGCCUGGCACAGCCGCGGGACAGGAGGCUGCUGCACUGAAACAAGCAAAUGAACUCAUUCCAUUGCAAGGCAGUUUUUCAGGAAGUCAUGGAGACACAGACGGCAGCAGCUUUCCUCUAAUCCAGCAGAGUGAUUCCCCUGCACUCCAGAGACAAGCCAUGCACCAAGAACACGAGGUCUAAGGGCCCGGGACUCAACGAGAAUAGUAUUUCAGCUGCAAUAAAGAUUGAGUUUGGAAAUCUGA